GUGAUUAUCUUAUUCAAGGCGGUGGGAAAUGCGCCCAUCAUGAAGCAGAACUUCUUCAAGGUGACCGUGUCGAAUCGGUUUCAAGCCGUUAUACAGUUCCUGAGAAAGGAGUUGGGCUGGAAGGCUAGUGAUCCUUUGUUCACCUAUAUCAACUUGGCAUUUGCGCCAGCUCCCGACGAUACGGUCGCCAACCUUUACAAGUCUUUUGCUACCGAUGGACGUCUUAUAGUGAACUACAGGUCAGUUCACGCCUCAGCGUUGUCUUGGAGAGCCAUAUUAAUAACGGUGAUUCUUUAG